AUGUAUAAUGCGUUAACUGCGGUUCAAAGUCAAUUGUCCAAGAGUGCCAUGAGUAGGCAUAAGAUUGCUCUGAGAAGCCUGAUAAUGCAGUUCAUGACUACCCCUGUCUCGUUUAUCCCAGCAUUCAUGCUAUUCGUCGUGACAAACUUUCCAACCAGAUACUCACAAGAGAUUUCCCGGUACUCAAUGAUGAUAGCAACUACACACUCCACGUUGAACUCAUUGGUAGUCAUCACAACGUAUCCAGAGUUUAGAAAGAUCUUCUGGAAACGGAAUAAUGUUAUACAAAGCUCUUUUCUGAUAUCAUCCACGAGGCCGUCUGGUUCGAAUCGGAACAUUGUCUAA